GUAGAAGUUAUUCUUUGGGUUGUUACUGCGGUAAUUCUCACAUGUAAGUGAUUUUUGAAGUUUAACGCACGUAGUGAAAAGCUAUAUAAUGGCAGAAUUGAUAAAGGAUAUCGACGGUGGAAUUCUUGAAGGGUAUCUCAGACUAUAUUGCAUCAAAUGAGAGGAUGAUAGUGAACAAUGAAUUGGAAAGGAUGUGGAAGGAAGCUCUCGUGGCCUAAUCCUGGUAGUCUCCUGCUGUUUUCCUAGAUGGACUGAGGGAAACCAUGAAAUACCUCUGUCAGGAUAUCCAGUCUCUGGGCCAAGGUUUUAACUUGGGGACUCCCAUAUACGAAGCAGGAGUGAUAACCACUCGACCAUGACGUUUGGUGCCUGUUUGAAGAACUCAUUCAGGCAAGGGAUAUGGUGGUAACUUUAUGAGGGAGGCCAGAUACUUCGAAUGGCACUUGCGUUUAGUGUCCUUAAGCAGAUACCAGUUCGAGUAGUCAACAUUCGUGCUGGACGAAGUAAUCCUGGAUUAAGAGCCCAACAUCUGAAAGGAGUGGAGUUAGUGCGAGAUAUAAGUGGAGGAAAGCUAAGAGGAGGUGAAAUUGGUUCUGAGGAAAUUGUUUUUCACCCAGGAAAGGUGAAAUGUGGAGAAUAUUCAGCUGAUACAGGAACAGCUGGGAGUGUUGGUUUGCUGAUCCAAGUUGCUCUUCCCUGUAUUCUGUUUGGCAAUGGAAUGACGAUACUGAAACUAAGAGGAGGAACUAAUGCGGAGAUGGCUCCUCAAAUUGACUACAUAACUGAGGUAUUUAGGCCACUUCUGGAGAAGUUUGGAGGUACCUUUGAUUACAAGAUUAUCAAAAGAGGUUAUUUUCCGAGAGGCGGAGGGGAGGUGCAUAUAAGAGUACAACCAGUGAAACAGUUGAAGGCUGUCAAUCUAAUCGAGAGCGGCCGCGUUGUACGUAUAAGAGGAUGGGCUUUUGUGGCCGGUUCUCUGCCCAUUAAGGUAGCUCAUGCUAUGGCAGAUACCGCUGCUCAAACUCUGAGGAAGGCCUUGGAGAACGUAGAUGUGUCAAUUGUAAGGUACAAGGAGGAUCCAGAUGAGGCUGUUGGAAACGGCUCUGGAAUCAAUCUUGUUGCAGAAAUGAGUACAGGUUGCAUUCUGGGUGGCUCUGCCCUAGGUGGACGACACCUGAAGGCUGAAGAGGUGGGAAUGAAAGCUGCGGAUGAACUGUUUCAGUCCAUCUAUACAGGAGCCUGCGUAGACUCCUAUUCUCAAGAUCAGAUGAUCUUACUCAUGGCAAUUGCACAUGGAAAAUCCCGUGUAAAAUGUGGGCCGGUGUCUUUACAUACUCGGACAGCCAUUCACGUAGCACAUCUGUUGACAGAGGCGAAAUUCACUGUGAUAAAUGGUGAGGCAGAUUCCAACUUUAUUGAGUGUGAAGGAAUUGGUCUCGAAAACAUUUCUUAAAUUCAUGGCUUGUGAUGAAUUUUCUAAAGACUGCAGUUGACUGACGGCUAUUAAAAUUCCAAAUAUUCCAUACUUGGAAAUACAGUAGAAUGCUGUUUCAUAAACGCAAGACCAAAUUGCUGACUUAUUGAAUUUAAAAAAUCUUGUUCUUUAACCCUGUGAUUUGUAUGGUUUCUUUCUGUCAACCAUAUCAUAACAGAAUAUAACCAGAACAUUAAAGAUAUGCGUGGUCUCAAAAUUAUUUCGCCGAGUAAUCCAAGGUAACAAAACACGAUGGUCAUUCUGUGUCUGCGUCUGUGCAGACUAAAUUACAUAUUUACUGACUAAAUCAAAUUUAGAAAUAGUUUAUGUAUGAUUUAAAGCUUUCACGGUGAAUAAUUGCAUUAGAAUCUUCUUGAGCAACCAAAUAUGUUGAAGUUGAAUUAAAAACCAAUGUCCUGGAGACCUGCCCUGUCUGCAGAUGAAUAUAUAUUAAGGCAUCGAUUUCAUGUAAGGAGUCGAUGAACUGUGUCGAAACACAGUAACACGCCCGCUUUUAACUGGAAAAUGAAACCAUCGUAGCAGAACAUUGUCCUCAUCUCAUAUAGUUAUAUACUGUUGCAUUUUCAGGUAUUGUAACUGGUUUUGUAUUGUGAAACAGGAGACAUUGAAACUGGUACUAGCGGCAAAGUAUUAUCAAUAAAAUUACUGUGUUUUGUG